UUCUCUCUCUCUCUCUCUCUCUCUCUCCUUCAUCUGCAAAUAUGUCGUCCUAAGGCAUUCAAGAUCACACUAUAUACUAAGAAAAGAUCCGAUCCUCAUAUCUGUACUUUGAUUCUUGGUUCGUUUGUUUCUCUUUUUUUUCUUAAAAAAAACAUAUCCAUGAAACGAGUUUUGGAGAUGGAGAGAUCAAGCUUGAGCGAAAGCAGCCAAGAAACCAGACCCGAAUCGCCUAAUUCUUCCACCUUUAACGACAUGAAAGUCGUCUCGUCUCCUUCUUCACCUAAGCGAAGAAGAUCCGUACAGAAGAGAGUGAUGACCGUACCGAUCAGGGACGUGGAAGGGUAUAGGCUAAAAGGCGACACAACUCCCCCGUUGGAUUCAUGGGCAUGGAGAAAGUACGGUCAAAAACCCAUCAAGGGCUCUCCCUACCCAAGAGGGUAUUAUCGGUGUAGUAGUUCCAAGGGAUGUCCGGCGAGGAAACAGGUGGAGAGAAGCCGAGAUGAUCCGACCAUGAUCCUCGUCACUUACACGUGCGAACACAAUCACUCUUGUCCCACUUCUAUAACCGGCCCUAAUAAACACCGUCCUAAACCGGAACCGGAACCGGAGGACGAUCAUCGUAGCGAGUUCAUGGAUCUCGGGGAGAUCGAAACGACGCCGUCGUGGGUGGACGAGUUCACGUGGUUCGGCGAGAUGGAAACGACGUCGUCCACAAUCUUCGAGAGCUCGGUAUUCUCGUCGUCGGAGAGGACGAACGUGUCGGGGAGUGCUGACGUGGCAUUGUUUGAAGACGGAGAAGACGAGUCGCUUUUCGCCGGACUCGGAGAGUUGCCGGAGUGCUCGGCCAUUUUCCAGCAUGAGAUCUACUGACACGUGGCGUAGUUUCAUUGGAGUCGUAAGGCCGACGUAUAGAAAAGGAUUAAAAAAAUACAAAUCGAUUUUUUUUCGCUAUUCUCUACUCUUUGAG